AUGCACGUCUUCGUUACUGGAGCCACCGGCUUCAUCGGAAGAGCAGUCGUUGACGAGCUCCUAACCGCCGGCCACACAGUUAUAGGCCUCGCACGCUCCGAUGAAGCCGCCGCUUCCUUAACAGCAAAAGGCGUCAAAGUACUCCGCGGUUCCUUCCGCGACCCCGAGAUCAUCAAGCAAGGCGCAAGCGAGGCCGACGGCGUGAUCAACCUUGCAUUCGACCACGACUUCAGUAAAUACGAGCAGAACUGCCUCGACGAGAAAGAAACCAUCGAAACCAUAGGCUCGGUCCUGAUCGGAACCAACAAGCCUCUGAUCACCACCUCCGGCACGUUGGUACUCCCCAAGGGUAAACUCAGCACGGAAGCCGACGUUGUUGAUUACGAACAAGCGAUGAACAUCCGCGCUCGUAACGAGAAUGUUAUUUCCCAUCUUGCUAAGCAAAACGUGCGUUCUUGUGUCAUCCGUCUGUCGCCGACUGUACACGGCGAGGGGGACCAUGCGUUCGUCGAUAGACUCGCUGCUCUGGCUCAUUCACAGGGUAAUGCGAUUUACAUCGGCGAGGGAUUAAAUCGCUGGCCUGCUGUUCAUCGUCAUGAUGCGGCGCGGCUCUACCGACUUGCCCUAGAGAAGGGUGUUGCGGGAAGCAUCUACCAUGCUGUGGGCGAAGAGGGUGUGCCCAUGAAAGAUAUUGCUGCAGCUAUUGGUCAGAAUCUAGGUCUCCCUGCUGUAUCUAAGUCCCCUGAAGAAAUGGGGAGCCUUGACGGCUUCAUGUCUAUGGUUACGAGCCUCGAUAACCCGACUUCAAGCAAAAAGACCCAGGAACUUCUUGGUUGGGAGCCAGUUGGCCGGAAGCUUUUGGAUGAUAUCAAGGCUGGUGUUUACGCCCAAAAGUGA